GGUAUGUAUUGCUCAGGAGGCGUGUGCACAUGCUUGAGCACAUUCAUAAUGCGAGAGUAUUAUUGCUACGAAAAAGUGAACCCAAAUCAGCCUGGUUGUACGUACGAUAUACAGUGUGAAUCUGUUUGGCCAGGAGCCAAAUGCAGAAUGGACAGCAGCGUUGGCACUUGUCGCUGUCCAGAAGAAACCCACGUCGCCCGAGAAACCCGGGACGGUUGGGUUUGUGUAUCGCUCACGGAUCAUAGCACAGGCGCUACCGUACCACUCUACUUUGUGUGCCCCUUACCAGAAGGAGCAGGGUUCAAAAUAGCUCUGAAUGACCCUAACCCUGAAUCGGGAUCGUUGCCGGUCGGAUGCACUGUAGGCUCCUCAGCUACAAUAGAGCCAGUGAUUGGCUUACACGGUGGAGGAGCCUGUAUAUGGCCAUCUGAUGGGGAAUACAUUGGCGACAUCUAUGACUGCCUACAUACAAGCCCUCAUGUUAACCUAGCAUCGAAAUUCCCACUAUCUUCAUAUGCUCCUACAGCAGACGGUGUGUGCUGCCCUAGCCGAGCUUUGGCAUGUAUUCAGCCGCAAGUCACUGGUCCAAAUCCCACAGAACCACGAUGGUGGUACAACUCAGUGACUGGCACGUGCCAACAGUUCAUGUGGGAUCCUGCCGCAUCUGAAGCUCGUUAUCACUCUGCCAACAAUUUUAGGACUAUUCAGCAUUGCGAAUCCUACUGCAGAGACACUUGCCAACGAGGUUCACCACAAUACUCCGGUGAGCAGGGCCUAAACGGUCAGCGUCCGCUGACUUCGUGUUCUACCAUCACCAGUUGUUCAAGCGAUUAUCAGUGCUCCGCUAUUGGAAGUCAGCACUUGUGUUGCCCUACGCCAGGAUCCGUAUGCUCCGUUAGAGGAGGCCGUCCCUUCGAUCUGAUACCACGUCCGACCAUUUACCAUGCGGGGUUCUUGGUCAGUACAGGGAAGGAAGCAAUCAGGUUUUACUACGACACCAACACUGGAAGAUGCCAAGACUUUGUCUAUCGAGGAGCUGGCGGUAACUUCAAUAAUUUCCUAUCAAGGCAUGAGUGCGAGCUGUACUGUGCCCGAUUACAAUGCGAGAGAGGUACACCUCUCCGAGUAGGCGAAGAAGCUCAAAGAUGCCAGCAUAAUGGCCACUGUCCCUCCUCAUACGAAUGUCGAGUUGAUCAAGGAGUCUGUUGCCCUAGAAAACAAACCAUAUGCGCCCAACCACUACGGGUAGGGGACUGUACUGAAAGUGUUAAGAGAUAUUGGUACAAUGCAAAGGCCAGACAAUGUCAGAUGUUCGAAUACACA